AAGAGGGAAGAAUGCAGAUUCGGGUGAAGUGCAGUUGUGGAGAGAAUUGUCCAGAAUGGGCCAUGCUUGAGUUACAAGGAAUGGUUGAAGUUCAGCCCCAGUUCAAAGAUCGUCUCCAGAAUCUGAAGAUUGGCCUCCUCUGCCGCCCUUCCUCGCCGGAAACCUACACAUUCACCGUAGGUUAUCAUGAACUGACCGGGACGAAGCUGCCGCUGAAGAAGCCGCUCUUGGUGUUGAACAAAGUCAAGGAUGCCGGUGAGGAGGGUAGUUCGGGGAGGGUGGAAUUGGAAGUCAUUGGAAUCAUCCGCCACCGGAUUCUGUUCAAGACCAGACCUAAGGCCCUUAUUUCCAAAGCACAGCCUACAGCGAAGGAAAGAGCUACUCUUGCAUCAAGCAAAUAGCAGGUUUACAGGCAGAGCGCCAUGGACAACUGGAAAAGUUUCCGUAUCGAAUAUUUAUAUGUAUUUUGUAUCCUUCUCGUUGAAAAGAAG